AUGGCCUCAUCCUCUCAGCUCGAAUUUGUGACCGUGGACGUGUUCACGUCCCAGCCAUACGGCGGCAAUCCGCUGGCCAUCGUUCGCAUCCCGCACGACCGGACACUAACUCAGGAACAAAAGCAAACCAUCGCGCGAGAGUUCAACCUAUCAGAGACCACCUUCUUACACGAGAAUGCGGAUGGUGCGACGGAGGACAAAUGGACCGUCGAUAUCUUCAUGACAUCGCAGGAACUACCGUUUGCGGGUCACCCGACUGUGGGCACGGCGUGUUAUGCUUUAGAAAGGACGGCUCGGGAGCGUGGUAUCCACAGCGGCGUCAUGGAAGCGAGCUUCAACCUUAAAGCCGGAGAUGUUGGACUGCGGUACGAUUGCGGCAAGAUGACGGCAAAGGCUUCCAUUCCUCAUGACGUUCAUAUCCACGAGAAGAGAUACACCAAGAACGAGCUUUUCGCACUGCAGCCUCAACUGGCAGAAGCUCACCAGGAAGGCAAGGUCGGGGUCAAAGACGACUUUGCUAUUGUCUCAAUUGUCAAAGGUAUGACCUUUGUCCUAGUCGAACUGGAGAGUGAAGAGGCUCUGGGUAUGGUAUCGCUAGCUGGCCAGUCUCUUAAAAUUCAAGGCCUGGAUCAAGGCUGGGACCAGACGUUCAUCGGGACAUAUUUCUUUGUUCGGACGGGAAAAAGCAAUGAGGGCGUGACCAGAGUAAGAACCAGGAUGAUCGAGGGUCCAUUGGAAGAUCCGGCCACUGGUAGCGCCGCCAGUGAUUUGGCAGCAUAUCUUUCGUUGACAGCAGGAAGAGAAUCUAAGACGCUCAAGUAUGAAAUUAUUCAGGGCGUAGAGAUGGGCAGAAGAAGCGAGAUCUUCAUAGAAGUCGAGAUGACCGAGGACGGAGCUGUAUCGCAGCUGUUUCUCGAAGGCGGCGCGGUGCAGGUAAUGGAGGGCCGAUUGACCAUCUGA